UCCCCCCGUCUCAUGCAAUGAAUCCACAUGUCCUGUUGUUAAACGGCAUCAUCACACUUCGGCAAACCUGAAACAGCAGCAAAAGCAAAAACCCUAUCUCUUAUUCCUUCCCCACCAACACAACCCUAUCUCCUUGCCCUACCUCACCAGACCAGAGAUUUUCCUUGCUUUGGCAUUUGUGUGUGUUGUUAUACUGUGUUUACUGAUAAAAAAAAAGAACUUGAAGCCAUGGCCUCAAAGAUCCACGUCCCUGUUUCCACAACACAAGGAACCCCACCUUCACUACCAUCACCUACAGGUUUUCUCCCUAUCCGAGCUCCUAUAACUGUUGAUGAUUUUCAAUCAGAUGGUUAUAAAACUGACACCUCUGAUAGCGACAUUGGUAGUAGUCGUAGUGGUACUGGUAGUAAUAUUGAUAAUGGGUUUGUGAGUGGUGAAGAAGAGUUUGAUUCUGCAUCCGAGAGGCCUUUUUUGGGCGACCCAGAUGAGGAAAACAGUGAAGAGGAUGAUUUUGGUGGCAUGUAUCGGGUUUCUAGGCCUUUUGUGGCUGACCCAGAUGAAGAAAUUUCAGUUCUUGAGGAGGUAGAGGAGGAGGAGAGUGGUGUAACUGAUGAAUUUAUCCCUGUUGUUGGGUUGGACAGUGCGAAUUCGAAUGGAAUUAGGCCUAUUGCUCAGUUGUCAAUGGAUGAUGAUGAAUUUGAUAAGGUGACUGGUGAUGAGGGAAUGGUGAGUGAAGUGGACGAUGGAAGCUUUUCAGGUGUUGUCAAAGUUCCUAGUUUUGGGGCUCAAGAGAUUGUGGAUGUUGCACCUCUAGUUAAGGUGCUGGAUAUUGAAGAAGAUAAAGAAGAUGGGUUAUUGGUUCAGAGUAAUUCUUCUUCUGAUGACAACAAAUCUAGGCUGUCAACGGAGAGGGAUUUUGGAGCUGAUAGUUGUGUUUUGGGUCCUAAAGAUGCGGUUGUGACAAAUGGUUCUGCUAAUGACUCUGGUUCGGUGAAAUUGGUCGAGGACAAUGGUCAUGUUGUAACAGUUACUCAGCCCACGAACUUGUGGGUGAAUGGUGAUUCUCCUGAAAACUCCGAAGGUGAUAAAAUGGAAGAUGUGCGAGAAAGCAAUACAAAUUCCUCUGGUAUCAAAGAUGAAGCAAACCGUGAUUCAGAAACAAUAGGAGGACAAAAAGGCUUACUUUCUCCUGAAAACUUCGAAGGUGAUAAAAUGGAAGAUGUGCGAGAAAGCAAUACAAAUUCCUCUGGUAUCAAAGAUGAAGCAAACCGUGAUUCAGAAACAAUAGGAGGACAAAAAGGCUUACUUUCUCCUGAAAACUUCGAAGGUGAUAAAAUGGAAGAUGUGCGAGAAAGCAAUACAAAUUCCUCUGGUAUCAAAGAUGAAGCAAACCGUGAUUCAGAAACAAUAGGAGGACAAAAAGGCUUACUUUCUGAUGAUGACAUUGAAGAGUUAAUUUUUGGUGGCUCUGGAACAACCAAGCUCAUCAUGAAUGAAUUAGAGCAAAAUUCAGCCUUCUCUUCCCCCCCAGGUAUUGAAGCUUAUCAUGAUCAUCCGCAGACGAUAGAUGGAGAGAUUACUAUGGACUCAGAUGAAGAUACAGACUCAGAUGAAGAAGCAGACGAAGUUAGAGAGCCAGUAGGAAAACAGUUAUUUGAUUCUGCUGCAUUUGCUGCUCUUUUAAAAGCAGCAACUGGUGCUGAAUUGGAUGGAGGCAGAAUAGCACUAAGCUCUGUUGAUGGUUCUGGAUUAUUUUCUCUUGAAAAUCCUGCUGGUUCAGGUUUCCAGUUUCGCACAAGGAGACAUGCUCCCCCACCAGAUAUGGUAAAGCGUACUUUAAGUGAAGAAGAAAAGAAGAUUUUAGAGAAGAUACAGCACAUAAGGGUGAAGUUCUUGAGGCUUGUCCAGCGACUAGGACAGUCUCCUGAAGAUUCUAUAGUUGAAUCAGUGCUACAUCGGCUGGACCCAGAUGAAGGGAGACGUGUUAGUCGAGAGUUUAGCCUUGAAACUGCUAAGAGUAUGGCCAUGCAGCUUGAAGCAGAGGGCAAAGAUGAUUUAAACUUCUCUUUGAACAUUUUGGUUCUCGGGAAAACUGGAGUGGGGAAGAGUGCCACCAUUAAUUCUAUUUUUGGUGAGAAGAGAGUUGAGAUCAAUGCGUUUGCACCUGCCACAACUAGGGUUAAUGAGAUUGUUGGAACAGUUGAUGGAGUUAAAAUCAGAAUCAUCGACACACCAGGUCUCAGGUCCUCUGUAAAGGAAGAGGCUACCAACCGGAAAAUACUAGCAUCUGUAAAAAAGCUGAUUAACAAGUUUCCUCCAGAUGUUGUCCUCUAUGUUGACCGGUUAGACACCCAUGAUAGAGAUCGCAAUGAUUUGCUGUUGUUAAGUUCGCUUUCCAGAACUCUAACUUCAUCAAUAUGGAAAAAUGCAAUUGUCACUCUGACGCAUGCCACUUCUCCUCCUCCUGAUGGACCAUCUGGGUCAUCCCUAGCUUUUGAGGUGUAUGUUGCUCAACGAUCUCAUGUUAUCCAGCAAGCAAUCAGCCAAGCAGUUGGUGAUUCGUACCUGAUGCAUCCGAGUAUGAAGCAUCCGGUGUCUCUUGUUGAGAAUCAUUCUUUGUGCCAGAAGAACGAGAACGGAGAAAAUGUCCUCCCAAAUGGACAAAGCUGGAGACCCCAAUUAUUACUGCUGUGUUACUCACUGAAGGUUUUGUCUGAAGCAAGUUCUAUAUCCAAGCCUCAAGAUCUUAUUGACCACAAGAAGCCUUUUGGUUUACGGCUCCGCUCUUUACCUCUACCCCACCUCGUGUCUUCUCUGUUGCAUUCUCGCCCUCAUCUAAAACUCCCUACUGAUCUGGGUGAUGAGGACAUUGAUUCAGACAUGGACUUGGUUGACCUCCCUGAUUCGGAUGCAGAAGAUGAGGAUGAAUAUGACCAGCUUCCACCAUUCAAGCCUUUGAGGAAAUCUCAGGUUCAGAAGCUCAGCAAAGAGCAAAAGAAAGCUUAUUUUGAGGAGUAUGAUUAUCGGGUGAAACUCCUUCUAAAGAAGCAGUGGAGAGACAAUUUGAAAAGGCUGAAGGAGAUAAAGAAGAGAGGCAAAGAUUGCAGUAAUGACAUUGGGGAAGAUGUGGACCAGGAAGAUGAAGGUCCAGCACCAGUGCCUGUGCCUCUGCCUGACUUUGUCCUCCCACAAUCGUUUGACAGUGACAAUCCUUCAUACAGGUACCGAGCUUUGGAGCCUGCAUCACAGUUUCUUGUCAGGCCAGUUUUGGAUGCCCAGGGCUGGGAUCAUGAUUGCGGAUAUGAUGGUGUUAACAUCGAAAGUAAUCUUGCUAUUGCUGGUCAGUUUCCUGGUGCAUUUACGGUUCAAAUCACAAAAGAUAAGAAAGACUUCAAUAUCCAAUUAGAUUCUUCAAUUUGCGCUAAGCAUGGAGAAAAUGGAUCAACUAUGGUGGGAUUCGACAUCCAGACUAUUGGAAGGCAGCUUGCUUAUAUCUUGCGAAGUGAGACCAAACUCAAAAAGUUUAAGAUGAACAAAUCAUCAGCCGGGAUAUCUGUUACUCUACUAGGUGAAAAUGUAGUCACUGGAUUCAAGAUUGAGGAUCAGAUUGCAGUUGGAAAGCGCUUGGCUUUGGUGGGAAAUGCUGGCACUGUGAGAUCAGGUAACGAUACUGCCUAUGGAGCCAACUUUGAAGUGCGGCUCAAGAGUAAAGAUUUUCCUAUAGAGCAGGACCAAUCCACAUUAGGUCUGUCCUUGAUGAAGUGGAGGGGUGAUUUAGGUCUGAUGGCCCAUUUACAGUCUCAAUUCUCCAUUGGUCGGAAUUCCAAAAUGGCUGUCCAUGUUGGAAUGAACAAUAAGCGAAGUGGCCAGAUCUCCAUCAAGACGAGCAGCUCGGAACUGCAAGCUGCACUUAUUGGUAUUGUGCCAAUUGCAGUGUCCAUCCUUCAGAGUAUUUAUCCUGGUUCUAAUGCAGGAUGCACAAAUAUACUAGAUCAUUGAGUGCUUUUUCCCAGUUUAAUUAGUGCUAUUAGUCAUCACCUGGGUUUUCAUGGGGAAAUAAACUUUGGUGUUGUGCCAAUUGCAGUGUCCUUCAUCCUUCAGAGUAUUUAUCCUGGUUUGAAUGCAGGACACUCAAAUAUACGAGAUUAUCAAGUGCUUUUUUCCAGUUUAAUCAGUGCUAUUAAUCAUCACCUAAGUUUUCAUAGGGAAAUAAACUUUCAGCAAAGGCUAUUCACUGUCUUGCAUAUGCUCAUGAUCACAACAGCUUUGUUCAGUCUUCUGUACAUUUUAUUUAUUUAUUAGGCUUGCCAAGUUGUUACAUUAUGAGAUGAAGACUACAUACAGUGCUCUAUGAAGUGGCUUGUUAACUCU